AUGAUACAAACGCAAGCCACAUUAGCCUGGCGGAUGCGCAAGAAAGUGGGAAAGGGGAGGUCGGCAGGGAAAAGAGGCCCUGCGUGCGCCGCUUAUCCCCCCGUGCUCCUUUGCUUCUCCCCUCCCUCUGCACCCACUUCUCAUCUUCGCUCUGCUCACCCCUCGUUCCCCCUCCUCUCCCCUUUCCCCCCUAUUCCGCUCCCCUUCCACCGCCCCCUCAUCAUCCCCCAUUUCCCUCACCUCCUUUGCCCCUUCAUGUCCGUCCUAACCAUCCCCCAUCCCCCCUCCCUCCCCUCCGCCUUCCCCCACUCACCCCUCAUCUGCCCCCACCCAUUCACUCCUCGUGCGCAUCCCCCAUCCAUCCCUCUUGCCAGGCAACCCACCCACCCAACCCCCCUCCUCCUCCCCCUCCGCCUCCACGCUCUCCUAGUCCCCCCCCAUCUCUCAUUCCACCCCCACUCACCCCUCAUCUGCCCCCACCCAUUCACUCCUCAUGCGCAUCUCUCAUGCGUAACCAACUCCCCCCCCUCCCCCCCCCCCCCCCCCCCCCCCCCCCCCCCCCCCCCCCCCCCCCCCCCCCCCCCCCCCCCCCCCCCCCCCCCCCCCCCCCCAUCUCUCAUUCCACCUCCACUCACCUCUCAUUUCCUCGCAGCUCUCUUUCAAUUCUCUCCACGCCCCUCUCCCGCUCAAUCCCCCAUCUUCCCCUCCUCCCGCCCCUAG